CUUACGCCUCUACGUCAGAUCUAUGUUUUUAGGGAGGGAGGGCGGCCCGUGGUUUGUACCGCUCUCAUCUGAGGGGUGUAGCUUGCUUAACGUCUGUCAGUUCCCACAGUUCAUCACUCAUGCUUUUCAUUGUCAUUGUCGAAGAAAAACAGGUAUGCAUACUAAAAACAGGGAAACAGUCAGGAAGGCAGAUGUCGAGGAUUACAGAGUUCAUCUCCCCUUUUUCUCAUGCUGGUGGUUGAGGGCAGAUUCACCAAAUGUGGAAGCUUGUCACCUCCUCUGCAAUGACUGAAGGCACCCAGGAAGAGUGAAAAAUAAAAGGAUGACAGCUGGGCUGAUGACCAAGGCUGCUUGUUCCUGAGUCAAAGAUGCUUGCUCCCAAUUUGGAUUCAUCCCUCUGAAGGCGCCUGACCUGAUCCCAUCCUCUAUCACAGUCCCGCCUCUUCUUCUCCUGUCCUGCCAUCCUUUGUUCUCCUUUCUCUGUCAUUGUCCCUUAGCAUGUCCCACAGAUAGAGAGCGAGGCGAAAGCAGUCAAGUUAGGCAAUAUAUCCUUGCUAUUUGUUUGGUUUCAGCAGGGCUAUAUGCAGCAGGGGGAAAGCAGUCAAAGUGACCCAGAAAAGAUGGGCCCCAGUUCAAAUCCUGCAGGUAGUGGAGGGAUGGAGGGCUCACAGGGCCCAGGGUUGAGGAGGGCCUCAUCUCUUUCUGCACACCCUUCUUUGAGUAAGAUGAGCCAAAACGCCAAGGAAAGCAUGGGGGUUCUUGGUCAGGGUUUGAAACAACUGUUCCAACAUCAGCGUAAACGCCUCUCCCUCUCUCGCUCCACCAUCCCUUCAUCAUCCUCCUCAUCCUCAUCCUCCUCGGUGGUGUCAACAGGCGGCGCCUCUCCUUCUGCUCCUCAGGACAUUUUGGGGUCCUGCACUUCUGACUCUCUUCGCCUGUCUGCUCCUGUGAUUUCUUCUGCAGCUGGACAGGGCUCAGGCGCUGCAGGCAUGAUUAGGCGUGGGACAAGCCUGCAGGCGCGACGCAGCAAGGGGUCAGGGUCUGGGAGCGGAGACCGGGACCCCCUUCUAAGAAGUAGCCCUCAGCCUCCGCAGCGACGGAACACCCAUGACCCACAGCAGCAUGUUAGUCGCCCACGCUCCUCGUCCACCACCGACACCACGCCCAGCAGCCCUGCACCUGCGCACGGCGUCGGGGAUGUGGUGCUGUCAUCUGGGUACCAGUCCACUGAGGAAACGGACAGAAUUGACCGGCUGGAAGUGAGCGGGUUGGGCCAGACACCCCUCGCUGUUUCAUAUGGAGCAGACAGCUCUUUCACUUCGGGUGAGGAUGGCACACCUGACCCUCAGCGCACAAAACAAGCUAUCGCUCAGCUGCAACAGAAGAUCCUCAAGCUCACAGAGCAGAUUAAGAUUGAGCAAACGGCAAGGGACGAUAAUGUUGCAGAAUACCUCAAACUAGCCAACAAUGCUGACAAACAGCAAAGCACGCGUAUCAAACAGGUGUUUGAGAAAAAGAACCAGAAGUCAGCACAGACCAUCCAGCAGCUGCAGAGGAAGCUUGAGCACUACCACCGGAAGCUAAGGGAAGUGGAGCACAAUGGAAUCCCUCGCCAACCCAAGGAUGUUCUUCGGGACAUGCAGCAGGGCCUCAAGGAUGUUGGUGCCAAAGUCAGCGGCUUUAGCGAGGGCGUGGUGGACAGCGUGAAGGGAGGCCUAUCCAGCUUCUCCCAAGCCACCCACUCUGCUGCAGGCGCAGUCGUCUCCAAGCCACGGGAGAUUGCCUCGCUCAUUCGCAACAAAUUCGGUAGUGCUGACAACAUCCCCAACCUCAAAGACUCGUUAGACGACCCCUCAGUGGAAGAAGGGGUAACAGGUGGUGGCGGAAGAUUCCUGACCAAUGCUGGACAUCAUCUCCAGUUGAGUCCCAAAUACAUAAGUGACGACGACUGCUCUAGUGCUACUUCGGGUUCUGCUGGGGCAAACAGCACCACUGGGGCUCCUGGGGGCCCUCCAAGCUCUAAGGGGAACACACUGGAGAGAAGCCAGGGCUCCAGCUUAGACAUGCUGCUACAGGAGGUGCAGGACUUAAGGGACGGUCAGACGAGGCUCGAGGAGAGCCUGGACAGUUUGAAGAGCAACUAUCAGAGAGACUACACAGUCGUUAUGCAAGCUCUGCAGGAAGAACGCUUCAGGUGUGAGCGUUUGGAGGAACAGCUGAACGACCUGACGGAACUUCAUCAGAACGAGAUCCUCAACCUCAAACAGGAGCUGGCCAGCAUGGAGGAGAAGAUCGCCUAUCAGUCCUACGAGAGAGCUAGAGACAUCCAGGAGGCUCUGGAAGCGUGUCAGACCAGGAUCUCUAAAAUGGAGCUCCAGCAGCAGCAACAGCAGGUCGUCCAGUUGGAGGGGCUGGAAAAUGCCACAGCCCGGACCCUCCUGGGAAAACUUAUCAAUGUCCUGCUGGCCCUUAUGGCCGUCCUUCUGGUUUUUGUCUCAACUGUGGCCAACUGCGUGGUCCCGCUGAUGAGGACGCGCUCACGCUCCGUCUCCACCAUCAUCGUUGUUCUCCUGCUGGCCUUCCUGUGGCGAAACUGGGACGCUCUGUCGGGGUACACGCAUCGUGCUCUGCAGCCCCCGGGAUGACCAGAUUGGCGCUUUGCUUUGGUGUCACCGGAUGAUUAUACUGUCACUGCAGUCACGCAGGAGAUUCAGAGAAAGUGAUUACUUUGGGAUGGCUGCUUGGCCGUGUACUCUGAGCACGUUUGGACAGAACUUGGAACCAAGAUAGAGAGAAAGAAUUGGAGAACAGCUGAGGACACUCAAACUGAGGAAGGAGAAGACUGUUUACAGUUCUAAAACGAAACAAUAUGGUGUUAUCCCUCACAGGAUGCAACACUUUACUGUUUUGUCUUUGGAGUUUAAUUGAUUAUAAUGUUAUUUCUAAUAAUAUUUAAUUUCCAUCGUUAUUUUAUUCAGUACCAUGUAGCAUUAUGACCUUCUCCUUUUACACAGAGGAGAAUUUAGUCAGGAAACUGGGCUGAGGCCUCAGCCUUAAGGUCCAAUCUAAUUUUAGAGACAUGUGGGAAUGUGGUUGAUUGCUUUUAGGAGAAGAAGAGAACCUUUCUGUGCUUGGUAGAUUUGAACCAUGGCUAUGAACUUUAUUGGGAGUUGGUCCAUUUUUGCUGUGAUGAACUGGUUCAGAAGGACUGAAUAUGGCUUUUGUGUCAUGAUAACUUAUGAUGUUGUGUUAGCAUUUCUGAUAGCUAAAAUCACCUGCUGUGAUUUAGCUCCCUUUUUAAGUGAAAAAACUUGAUUAAUGAAGGUUAUGAAUGAUAUAUGAAGACUUAAGAAGACAUGCUGCUCGCCGUUUAAAAAGAAAACAACCUAUAAACAGAGAACAUCUGUUGAUUCUCAAGCAUCUGCCAUAUAUGUGACACGGAAACAAAGCCGCUUGUUGUCAUUAAGAAAAUUACAUGCAAACCAGUUUUGCUGCUAAAAGCAAUGACGGAGCGCUGUUGUCCAUCUAAAAUCAAUUUGCCAGGAUAACUGCCUCCCACCUGCCAUAUUUGAUAUGAUCAGUUUAGGGAAAAGAGACCGCUGGUGCUCAUCCAGCUCUGUCUCGGCAGGAUCAGCAAUGAUGCUGCCUAAUAUCGACAGUUGAAGUCAUCUCCAUGCAAAUGCACGCACUGUCUGUCUUUAACACUGUACUAAAACAUUCUCCUUGCGUAUGAACUGUUUUUGUUUUUUGUUUUUUCUACCACUAACUCUGUAUUUGUUAACACCCAGUGCCAAACUUGAGUUGAAACCGGGUUGACUGGCACAACUAAGACGAUGCUCUGCACUUUUCACAUAUGGCAUGAAUGUACACUGCAGGGUUGUCAGGGACGCAGCUCGUAGUUCUCAAGUCAGAGGCUCUACAUGAUGUAGUAGAACCCCCCACACCGCCUCUUGGACUUUCAGUGGCAGAUUUAUUAGCUUGAUCAUCAAAACUGUACAGCCGCACUUUAGCACUGAUUGUGACAGCACAUGUCAGGCUGAAGUUUAACAAAUCUUCUAUAGAGACUUAAAAAGGUUUCACUCUCUAAAGGAAAAGUUGACUCAGGUCAGGAUCACCCUCAUCGUGGUUUGACGAGAAAACCAACAAAGAAGAACUCAGAAGGUUUUGUGUCAAAAUCGUAAUAAACUCAGAUUCCCUCAAGAUAAACAGAUUUUAAAAAAUGUAUAAUGUAUUUAUUCAUCUGUUCUAUUUUGGGAUGAGGAGAAGAGCAUUGAGUGAGCUGACCAUUAACCUUGCAUGACUUUUUCAGUAACACCUAUAAUGUAGGGUUGUGUGCUAAACCACUUCAGUGCCUUCUGAUGUCCUUUUCUAAGUGUGGAAUAAAUAAAGUGCAUUCCCAACUAA